GCUGUUCAGUUGCAAAUGUUGUAGCAAUAAUCGUUUCUCACAGCAGAUUAUUUUGACUUGUCAUAGCAGGAAAUAUAGGCAUUUCUAAAGACACUGACGAUGGCUUUGUUGUGUUCACUUCCAGCGAGCCAUCAUGCAAAGCAGCUAAAUGGAAUUCAGCCAUCAUUGAUUUGAUUUACAUUUGUGCUUUUCCUACUGUAACAAGUCAAAAUGUCUGUGUCCUAAAGGGUGUGUUUGUGCAUGUGUUUCCGUGUUGACGUGACAGAGGUACAGUGCAGUUAUAAUGUAAAGCAUCAUAGUUACUCCUCUGAUAUGAUCAUUCGCAUCAGAGAAAUUAUUUGACAAAUUAAAUCUAACAACUUUGAAGUAGCGCCCUACUUAAUCUGUGGCCUACCAUAUACUUAACAUGUUAUUUGACUUCCUAAAUAAGUCUUUCUAACCUGAAUCUUGAAAUCUCUUCCAACAUGAGCACUUUUGUUUCUCUGUUCCUGCAUGAAUCAAAUUCAUCUAAGACUUAUGUUUGAAAUGGGUGUGUUUAAGACCCAACUGCAGCACAGCAGACACACAGGUACAGUUGGUAAUGACUUUAAUGUAGUUUGCAGCAGGCACAGGAAAAUGCAGAGGAAAUGUCCAGCAGGUGAAAAUCCACACAGCAUAGACACUGAAACCAGUGUGGCAAAACAACAAGAGUCUCUGCUCAACAGGGAAUCACAGGUUGGAUCAAAGAAACUUGCACUGUUGCGACAAGGCAGGAAAUCUCCACACAACCACAGGAACAGGCAGACUGAAACCAGGAGGGCAAAAGCAGAACUCGUGGUUGGGGGCAAAAGGCUGAGGAAAUUACCAGGAUUCAGGCAAGGUUGGCAACAGGCACUCAGUCCGGGAGUAGAAGUGAUGGAGAGUCUUGCAUGCAAAGAACAAUCUGGCAGUGAGUGUGUGGAGAGCAGGAGUCUUUAUACUGAGCCAGUCUGAUUGAAAGCAGUUCCAGCCUCUGCGUCAGGUCAGAGCUCUUGUUCCUCUCCAGCAUGGUUCAGAAGGUGGCAGUGAUCGGCGCAGGGAUUUCUGGUCUGACCAGCAUCAAGGCCUGUGUGGAUGAAGGUCUGGAGCCCACCUGCUUUGAGAGCAGCCAUGAUAUUGGGGGUCUUUGGAGAUUUAAGGAGAAGCCAGAGCCUGGGCGUGCCAACAUCUAUCAGUCGGUGAUUGUCAACAGCUCCAAAGAGAUGAUGUCUCUCAGCGACUUCCCUCCUCCAGCUGAGCUCCCCAACAACAUGCACCACUCUCAGGUGCUGCUGUAUUUUCGCCUCUACGCUCAAGCUUUCAAACUGCUGGAGCACAUACACUUUGAGACUAGCGUCGUCAGCGUGAGGCAGACCCUGGAUUUUGAGGUGACAGGCCAGUGGGAGGUGGAGACACAGAGGAGAGACGGUCAGAGGAAGACUCAUGUUUUUGAUGCAGUGAUUGUUUGUACCGGACACUUCACCCGGCCUCACCUGCCUCUCAGAGACUUCCCAGGUAUUGAGAGCUUUGAAGGCAGAUAUUUCCACAGCUGGGAUUAUCGCAACGCUGAGGGUCUGCAGGGCAAACGAGUGGUGGUGAUAGGGAUUGGAAACAGUGGAGGUGAUAUUGCUGUGGAUGUCAGUAGAGUCGCUGAGGAGGUGUACCUCAGCACCAGGAGCGGAGCAUGGGUUGUCAGCCGUUUGGGACCGGGAGGGAUCCCAAAUGACCUUAUUGGGACUUCACGAAUGGAUAUGAUGAUGUACAAGUUCUUCCCCUCGUGGAUCAACAGGAUGGUGGUGAAGGGGCUGGAAAAGGCUUUGGACCACAGACUAUAUGGGCUGAAACCAAAAAAUGGGUUUUUUGAACGAAACCCUGUUGUGAAUGACGACCUGCCUGGUCGGAUCAUCUCAGGUCGUGUUCAGAUGAAACCAAAUGUGAAGGAGUUCCGUGGGUCCAGUGUGGUCUUUGUCGAUGGGAGCAUCAUAGACAAGGUGGAUGUAGUGGUGUUUGCCACAGGCUACAACUACAGCUUCCCCUUCCUGCCUCCGGCUCUGCAGGCUAAAUCUGGAUACAGCCUGCGUCUCUACAAGCACGUGUUCCCUCCUGCACUGACCCAGCCUACGCUGGCUGUGGUGGGCUUCAUCCACGCUCUCGGGGCAAUAAACCCUGUGGCUGAGUUACAAGCUCGCUGGGCUACAAGAGUGUUUAAAGGCUUAUCAACCCUCCCGUCAGAGGAGACCAUGGUGAAGGAAAUUGAAAAGGACUCAGUGACGAUGCAUCAGAAAUAUAUGUGCUCGGAGCUGAACCCUCUCCAGGUGGACUACACCCCCUACCGGGACUUUCUGGCAGAGCAGAUAGGGGUCCGACCGAACAUACUGUGGCUCUUCCUGAAGGACCCCAGACUGGCACUGCAGGUUUUGCUGGGUCCCUGUACUCCUUAUCAGUACCGUCUGACUGGACCGGGUCAGUGGGCUGGAGCCCGUCAGGCCAUUCUCACUCAGUGGGAGCGGGUGUUUCAGCCAUUCAGGACCAGAGUGGUACCAAACCCAGAGACCAGACACUCCUCCAGACCAAGUGUGAUGUUUUUCUUCUCAGGAGCUGCUCUGCUGUGCUGCCUCUGCUACAACAAACACUCCAUUUCCUCUUUCUUCUGUCUUCCUGCAUUCUUCAGAGCUCCUCAGUGAGCUGAUUGCAUUAAUGAUAACAUGAUGACGGAGGCAGCAGUGAAGCAGCACACUACUGUACAACACUCUCUAUCUCUAAGUGCUGAAGGCACACUGCACUAAUUUGACAAUUAGAAAUAAAGUCUUCAUUAUUUUUAUAAUUAGCUUUCUGGCCACCCACUGAGGGUCUGUACAAACCCAGCCCAGUCGCCAGAAUGAAAUGCUGGCAUUGUGCAUUUCUGCAAAUCACAGAUAUGUCACAUUUGUGCGUUUCAUAUCAUAUCAACAAUUCUCAAGUGACGUAGAUUGCAUGUAUAUGAGCUUUCUCAUUAGGUAGAGGAGGGGAUGGUGGAUGGCUUGAUGCUUAGCUAAGAUGGCUGCCAACAGCUGACAGCAGCAGACCAGUACUGGAGACUGAUAAAAUAGGUGUUUUUUCAAAUAGAGCUCGGGAAAUAUCCAGCCACAUUUGUAGUGUCCAAACCGAGUAUUUUUUAGCAAGAGUUCUGGACAUGUCACACUGUGUUUGUAGCAACCAAACCGAGUAUUUUUAACAAGAGUUCACUGUGUUUGUAGAGAGGGAACCAGGUAUUUUUUUUGACUUAAGUUAAGGUCAUAUCCAGCUGUAUUUGGAGUGACAAAAGUUUGCCAUGUUUGUAGCAACAAAAUCGAGUAUUUUCUCACAAGCGUUAGAGGUAUUUGUAGCGACUGAACUGGAUAUUUGGGACACGUCCAGCCAUGUUUGGCAAGAGACUUUCCCACGUUUGUGGCAACCAAACCAGGUAUUUUAAGUCAAAACAUGUUUUCCUAAUCUUGGCCGGGUGUUUCUGUGCCUGAACCUAACUACACAUUAACCACAGUGUUGUCACAUCAAAUUAAAGAUGUAACAGGUUUGCAGAACCAUAGACCUACAAUGCCAGCAUUUAUUCUGCCAGUGGAGUUGAAGAAACACGAUGUAACUUUGGCGACUGUACAUUUGAAAUCAUUCUGCAGAAUUAAUCUGUUUACCAGUGACAAGUGACGGUAUAUGUGAUGACAUUUUAGUCUUUCCUGCUAAUGUUAUUGUUAUCAGACCCGUUGACUCAAUGUUGGGUUUCAUGCUAGUUGAUUUUGGCCUACAGGAACGCCUUCCUGAGAGGUUCUAUUGCUUCAUGUGAUUGCAGGAGAGUUUUAAUAUGAUGAGGAAUUGACCUUGAUGCGCAGAAACAAACUAAUAAACUGGAUAAAAUGGAAGUCGCUGUGUCAUGCUAAAAGAAGAAGUCUUCCACAAACUUUCAGUUUCAGUUUCAAGCCAUUACUUCUCCUUCACAUCAAAAUAUCACACUUUCAUGUUAGAAAUGAAACAAAAACGGUAUAUUGUUGCAGUGAUUCACCCUUAGCAUUUGCCAUGGAAAAUCUGAUUCUACACAAUAAAAUGCAAAACAAAUGCAAGGAAUAUUUACACAGCAUCAUUUCAGUUACUUCAAAUAUAUUGUGAAUUGUUGCUAUUUGUUUAAUCUAGCCUAAAUACGAGGAAAGAGGAAUGUCAUACUAUAACUGAGAAUUAGCCAUGACUGGGUGUCCAAGAGAUCCCAUUUUUUUUUCAGCACCGCUGCUGGAAUACACUGCACUUUUAGACUUUUACCUUCAUGUCAGAUUAAAAUCAGUUGUCCUUUCACCUGGUCUGCAGAAGUGAAUAAACCCGACUGGGCGAUAAGCUAUCACCAGUCUUCUCAGAUAAGAACCUGCAGAUGGGCACAAGGACAAAGCAGAUAUUUGCUCCCUUGUACCUCUUUUCCACCAAAAUUAGCACAUGUACGCAAGUUUUUUAAACACAAGUAAACCUGCCAGGGGCGGCCGGGCCGGUCUGUUCCAGGCUGAACCGGCCGGUGGUCGGAACAUUUUUUUACCCCAUAAAACGCAGCCGCGGUGGAGCGCAGCAGCCUGCCCUCACAGCCGCAGGUGCGCAGGUGGCAGUGGCACAGGGUGGAACGUCAGACUGGGUCAGUCUAAUAUUUUGCAUAUUAAGGGGGGAUACCAGCGGUUAGCAAGCACUGCCUACAUGGCCCUAUCGUCCCAGACGGGUCGGGCCGGCCCGACAAACCCGACCAGACCCGCGGGUUCGAGCCGAAAAACUAUGCAAAUGACUCGGGCCGGGUCGGGCCUCAGGCUUUCUUAUUUUCAGGCAGACAAUCAGGCUAAUGCUGGUGUGUCGGCUGCGUCGGGUCUGGGCUUAAAAACCCGCUGGGUCGGGUUGUAAUUUUCAGGCCCAUUGAGAACUCUAGUUUGUGUUUUUGGAUGUGUUCAGGGCACACAGAAUAUUAAAGGUAGCCUACCAGCAAUGUUACACCAUACGUGCAUAAAGCAUCAAUCUGCUUUAUCAACUAAAAAUAAAAUCCAUACUGGCUGACCAGAAAAACGCACAAAUUUCUUUAUUGCAAAAGAAAACAUAGCCUAUUUCAGGAGAGAGUCUGUGUUCACAGUUAAAAAGAUAAUAUUGGAGUUGAAGCAGAGGGACAGGACAAUGCCAGUCAUAGGAGUGAGGAAGAGG